AUGGCUGUAGUCCAGGGCCACAGCGUCUCCCCAGUCGGGGCUCUUCCGCUCUGGGUUCAGGCCGGGGGCCCGCAGCCAUCUCACCGAGUGUGUGUGUGUGUGUGUUUCCUCCGUCCAGACACCAGCGACUACAGCCAGACCGAGGUUCUCCCCGAGUCGUUCCCGUCGGCCCCGGCAGAACCCCUCCCGGAGUUCCAGCUGGAACCGGAGGACGCCUUCAUCGUGAAGAACCGGCCCGUGCAGAUGCGUUGCCGGGCUGCCCCGGCCACCCAGAUCUACUUCAAGUGUAACGGGGAGUGGGUCAACCAGAACGACCACGUCACCCGCGAGAGCCUGGACCAGGCCUCAGGUCUGGUGGUCAGGGAGGUGGACAUCUCGGUGUCCAGGACCCAGGUGGAGGAGCUGUUCGGCCUGGAGGACUACUGGUGCCAGUGCGUGGCCUGGAGCUCGGCCGGGACCACCAAGAGCAGCCGUGCCUACGUCCGCAUCGCCUACCUGAGGAAGAACUUUGAGCAGGAGCCGCUGGGUCGAGAGGUGCGGCUCGAUCAGGAGGUGCUGCUGCAGUGUCGCCCCCCAGAGGGCAUGCCCCCCGCCGAGGUGGACUGGCUGAAGAACGAGGAUGUGAUCGACCCGUCCCAGGACUCAAACUUCCUGAUGACCAUCGACCACGACCUGAUCAUCAAGCAGGCACGACUCUCGGACACGGCCAACUACACGUGUGUGGCCCGCAACGUGGUGGCCAAGAGACGCAGCAGCACGGCCACACUCAUCGUCUAUGUGAGCGGCGGCUGGUCGUCGUGGACCGAGUGGGCGGAGUGUAACGCUCGCUGUGGGCGGGGCUGGCAGAGACGGACCCGCAGCUGCACCAACCCGGCGCCGCUGAACGGAGGGGCCUUCUGCGAGGGCCCGCCCUUCCAGAGGGUGACGUGCACCACGCUGUGUCCAGUGGACGGGGGCUGGACCGAGUGGGCCAAGUGGUCCGCAUGUGGGACAGAGUGCACCCACUGGCGGAGCCGCGAGUGCCAGGCCCCGCCGCCCCGGAACGGAGGCCAGCACUGCAGUGGCAGCAUGAUGGAGAGCAAGAACUGCACGGAGGGCCUGUGCACGCGCAAUAAAAAGAUUUCUAUUGAGCAGGCAAGCCAUCCUCUGAGUCCGGGCAUGGGUGUGGCGGUGUACUCCGGCCUGGUGGGGGCGCUGCUGCUGUGCGUGAUCCUGGUGCUUUGCGUGGCCGUGCUGGCCUACCGCCACAGGUGCCGCCAUCUCCACGGCGACAUCACCGACUCCUCGUCGGCGCUCACCGCUGCCUUCCACCCCGGCAACUACAAGCCCCCCCGGCAGGACAACCCCCACCUGCUGCAGCCCUCGGCUCCGCCCGACCUGACGGCCUCUGCGGGCACCUUCCGCGGGCCCCUGUUCUCCACGCAGCAGGCGGCGCACGACAGCCCCCACAAGAUCCCCAUGACCAUGUCCCCGCUGCUGGACCCGCUGCCCAACCUGAAGAUCAAGGUGUACAACUCGUCCACGCUGUCGUCCGCCACGGAGCUGCCCGGCGACGCGCGCUCGCUCACCGACGGCGACAUCCUGCGCCUCAAGUGCACGGGCACCCUGGCCCGGGACCGGGGCCCCCACGCCGGCCACACCCUGUCCCGGGAGCCCGGCCUGAGCACCAGCGCCACCCUGGGCCACCUGGGGGGACGGCUCACCAUACCCAACACAGGUGUGAGUCUGCUGGUGCCCUCUGGCACUAUUCCCCAGGGGAAGUUUUAUGAGAUGUACCUCAUUAUCAAUAAGUGGGAAAAAACAACGCUUCCCUCGGAGGGCAGCCAGACGGUCCUGACCCCCGUGGUGAGCUGUGGGCCGACCGGCAUGCUGCUCAACAGGCCGGUGGUACUCACCCUGCCCCACUGUGCCCAGCUGGACACCCCUACGCCGGACUGGACCCUCACGCUCAAGACGCAGACCCACCAGGGGGCCUGGGAGGAGGUGCUGACGGUGGGGGAGGAGACGCUGUCCUCACCCUGCUACCUGCAGCUGGAGGAGGAGAGCUGCCACGUGCUCAUGGAGCAGCUGGGAACCUACGGCCUGGUUGGCCAGUCCUGCCCGCCCCAGCCCGCCUGCAAGCGGCUGCAGCUGGCCCUGUUCGGCCCCCGCGCCCCCUGCCUCUCCCUGGACUACACGCUGCGGAUCUACUGCAUCCACGACACGGCCCACGCACUCAAGGAGGUGAUGGACCUGGAGAGGAGCCUAGGGGGUUUCCUGCUGGAGGAGCCCAAGCCCCUGCUCUUCAAAGACACCUACCACAACCUGCGUCUCUCCGUCCACGACGUCCCCCACGGCCACUGGAGGAGCAAACUGCUGGCCAAAUACCAGGAGAUCCCCUUCUACCACAUCUGGAGCGGCAGCCAGCGUCCGCUGCACUGCGCCUUCAGCCUGGAGCGCGGCAGCCUCGCCGUGUCCCAGCUCACCUGCAAGAUCUGCGUGCGUCAGGUGGAGGGGGAGGGGCAGAUCUUCCAGCUGCACACCGACAUCCAAGAGACCCUGCCGCCUCACUCUCCCGUCCCCUCGGGAGGCUGCUGUCUGCCCUCCUCCCAAGUGGGACCGUAUGCCUUCCGCCUACCUGCCUCCAUCCGUCAGAAGAUCUGCACCAGCCUGGACGCCCCUAGCGCUCGUGGCUGUGACUGGAGACUGCUAGCACACAGCCUGGGCUUUGACAGGUACUUGAACUACUUCGCAACAAAGCCCAGCCCCACAGGUGUUCUGCUGGACUUAUGGGAAGCUUGUCACCAAGGUGACGCAGACCUCGUCUCGCUUGCGGGCGCGCUGGAGGAGAUGGGCAAAAGUGAGGUGCUGGUUGUCAUGACAACAGAGGUGGAUUGCUGAUUGGUCAGGCGAGAGAUUUAUAUAUAUAUAUAUAUAUAUAUAUAUAUAUACACACACAAACAUACAUAUAUAUUUUUCUUUGCCACAAUAAUGAAAAUGGUAGACGACCUGCCUCUGAAUAAGCACAUCCCUGCACAACUUAUCACAGGACAAAUCAAUUUGGUUCCAGGAUACCUAAGACCUCUGCCUCAUCUCCCUCUCUCUGUGUCUCCCAAUCACUCACUUUAGAUAUGUUUACACCGUCCCCCCAUUCCCAUGCUAGCCGUCCACUGAUGGAUAAGAACCAGUUUGAGCUUUGCAAGAAGUAUAUCGAGAGACAUUGCAUAUUGAAAGAAAACCAAUAUGAAGAUAUGGUCGCCUGAGAUAGGUGUCCAUAUAUGUCUCUCAAGCACUGUCAAUCAUGUUCUUACAGAAUUAACAUGCUCUGCCGUCAUCUGUGUAUGUAUAUAAAUAUAUAUAGAAUUGCUAGGAAGCACAAGACGAAAAUCCAAGUAUUGAUUGAAUCAAAACAUGUUAUUACAUGCACACACACACACACUUCCUCGUGCACACAAACACACACACACACACACACACACACACACACAUAAUCAAACGCUAUCUCAUACCCAUACUCUGGAAGCAGCAUGAAAGUGCAUGAUUAAACACCUAUUGGCAGGGGCUUUUGAUUUGCAGCAGCCAUGCAAUGUCUUCAUGUUCUCAUUUUCCAGCUUUGUAUUAAAGAGAGAGAGACGGAGGGAGGGGAGGGAGGGAGAGGUAGGCUGUGCUGAGCUUGGUCGACCCUGCUCAUGGUACAUACACCACCAGACAGCAACACGGAAAAAAACUGGUCGUACAGAGACUGACUGGGCAAACAAUAUCAAGGAGAGCAUUGUGUUGGGUGGUAGUGGUUAUGAUUUGGGCUGCAUUAAUAAAGGGGCAUCUUUCCAUGAUGUAGGAGGUCGGAUUGAAACAUUAGUUUCAAGACGGGCCGGUGGUUUUAUGUUGUAUCGGCUAAUGUCUCAGAGCUUUGGCACAGAAUACCGCGAUAACAUUUUUGUUUGUCUCUCCGAUGUCUAUCUCUUGCUACCCUCCAUUGCUCUGCCACAUUCCUCCCAAUCGGUCAUGAACAAAAACCCUUUCAAAGUUAAGGAACGCUCCUUUCUAAGUUAUUAUCCAUAUUCGUGGAUUGGUCUUUCCCCUCGUUUCUCGAUGGCCUUGCAGCGAUUGCUCUGGUCGUCUAGAGUAUCACUGCACAGCUCUUAGCAUCGUCCUGCUGUUUAAUCAUGGAGUAGCCAUCUUUGGCACACAGUGGCUUUCGGAGUUUCAAAUAGAGGGUUAUAUUUUCUUUUCAAAACAGUAUAUUUAUUGAAGAUGUUAAUUGUAUUUGAAAACAUGAGAGGUGGUAUACAUGUCCAGGUAGAUAUACUGUAAGCUAUAUUUUGUAUACACUUUGCUUCGCUGUAUUUGAAGCAAUUCUCUAUUGGUUUUAACGGAUAAUGUUGUUAAACAAUGGAUUACAAUUGCCUUGUAUCAACUAGCUAUGGACCAGGAACUAUACCUCAAGACCAUUUUAAUUAUUUUCUACCACCCAUCUUUGUAUGCGUUUCUCAAGUUAUACCCCCUUUUAUUUCUAUAUGUAUCUGCUUCUUUUAUUUGAGAUUGCUUCGCUUUUUACUAAAAACCACCUGCUUUUUGCUCAGGGUCCUCAAGCUAUUUGCAUUAAUGCUUAUAUUCAAAUGCUGUCAUCAUUAUCAUCAUUAUCUCCCCCAGAAUUGCUAUUUUUUAUUUUCCUUUGAAGCAAAAAAAAAGUGUUAAAAUCUCCCUACCCGAAAAACCAAAACACAGGCAGUAUCCCUCCUCUAUAACAGUGAGUCACUUCACUGUUUUGUGUGAAUGAACUAAAAAUAAGCGUGUGAGUGUUCUUGUGUGUGCGUGUGUACAAACAGGCACAUGCAGACACAAGUGUGUUGGCUUUGACUUGUCAAUUCUCUUUGUAAGUGCUAUGCAAGUACAAAAGAACAGUGAAGCAUUUUCUUUCUUUUGUUCCCUGAAAGAAUAAAUAUAUUUUUUCAGAUCAGGACACUGACAGGGUUUUCUGAUUGAUUUGUAGCAUUGAGUGGCUUAAAAUGACAGUGUAACAAAAAAGAGAAAGGACAACACUUGUCGUCUCUUUGGAGACUCUCCAACUGCCUCUGAAGGAAUGAACCACUAUCCGAGGCAACCACAGACGUGAUGGAAGUACGACAACUACGGCUGACGGAAUGGCCACAAACAUCACGAACAAACGCCUCCCUGAGGAGACCCCAGGAAAGUGGCUCGCAAGGUACCUUGAAGCCACGGACUGCCAUCUCCAAAGCCCCAAAUGUGGUGCAAAAGACUGGCCUACUGUAAUCGUCAGUGUUUAUUUGUUGUUGAGUUCUUGAGUACACAUUGGAUCUGUGGUCACAGCGUCGGGAGAGAUGAUCCGGGGGUUGAAUCGAUUUGCAAUUUGCUCUUGCCUAAAUGGAAAGAUGUGCAUUUGUUCUUAAAGUCAGUCCACAAUGUUUUUACAAAACACAAACAUAAAAUUACAGGUUUCUGUUCAAAUGUUUUCUCCCUGUAAAAACAAACAAUUGUAAAUAUAUGUCUAGCCUUCUUACCUGUAUCUAAAUACAAUUUUUAUGCAAUAAAUUAUAUUUCUUAGUUUAACAA